CAUACUCAAAAUGUGUUUCAGACGAUAUCACAAUUGAUCCCCAAACCUUGCAACGGUGGGAAGAUGUGUUACGGUCCAACAUAGGAAUACGAGAAAUUUCAUCAUCUUAUGCAUAUCAAUGUCAUUCGGGCAUGUCCAUGCCAAAUGGAACAAACUUGGCCCCAAGAUCAGAGGCCAAAUGCCAGGCUGAUGGAACGUGGUCCUUCCUAGUGCCCCUGCAAGAUUGCACAUGGAGUCAUUGCAUGAUGCCUUUAAUACCUCCACCCGAGUCCAAAUUAAAACUGUUUAAAUGGAAUGGACUCCCAAUAGCGAUCGGAAAUGUAGCGACAUAUGUUUGCCAAGACGGCAUGAGUCUCCCCGUUUACACAGAAGCUAAUUUUACCGUCGAGUGUGGCCCUGGGAACGCAUUCAUUGAACCAGUGUCCUGGCCAACCUGUCUGCGAGAGAUCGUUUGCCCUCCUCCUCCUUCCACUUCAUCGAGUCCCCAAGUUGGAUAUGCUGUCCUUGAAGAUCCAGGAUACAUCCUAGGACCGUGUUAUGGCCGAAAUUCAACCUUGUACCAACCAAUUCCUGGUUGCGAUAAAGUCACGGUUUUAGUGGAAGAUCAGUAUUUUGAGCCUGAAGGCCAACUUAUCACCUUGUUCAAGUUGAACAUAUCUGUGGACGACGAUAACGUGGAUCUUUUCAUGAGUGUUGUGUUAUCUCACGAGGUGGAGUUUGAUCUCAUUCAGUUCCAAAACCAACUGGAAGGGCUGCCAGGCUCAAGCCCACGUCGUUUGCAGUUAAAAGCCAUCAAGUUGUCCGGUGAACAAUCCAACUAUCUCUCGUUCAAUGUCACUCACAACAAGGAUGACAAGAACGACGUUUGCCUCUACUCCGUUCAAUGCUCCUUCAACGAAACCGAGUUCGACGUCACCAAUAGCACAGUGGAUGGCUCUUUGGAUAUGGACCAAUCUAUGAAGUAUGGCACACGCUUGGCCUACUAUUGUGGAAACAGUUCCAUGUUUGAUGUUUAUGGGAAUGGCAGUCUGUGGAAACCGGCCGUGCAAACAACUUGUCAACGGAACGGAUUGUGGAACAUGACCAGCAUUCCUACUUGUCAAUAUACCGGUUGCUCCGAAAUCCCGAUUCCGCCAACCUUGAACGAUCUCCGAAUCACCAACACAACACUGGGUCCGUUUGAAAUCAAUGACACGAUUGUAUACAUGUGUAACAAUGGAAAGUUGUUUCGCAACAAUUAUUUGGAAACGGAGGUCGUGGCCACUUGUUUGAAUGGUAACACUUGGCAUGUCCCGACUUGGCCAGAAUGCACAGAAACUGUUCAUUGCGAACCCCCUCCAUCUCCGCCCGGCGCUGGAGUCAGGCCCAAGAUCCUGAGCACUGGCUACAAUCUCAAAAAUGUGUGCCUGGGAGACGACGGACCCGAAUCGUUGGAGCACAUUGGGUGUUUCAAUCCUAUCAUCCGGAUCGUGAGCAACACCACGAGAAACGGGAGGGUGACCAAAAACUACGUCAUAGAUCUGCCUGACUUGGAUGAGAGCCACGAAAACAUAGCGGCUCUCAUGACCUUCACGAGAGCGAUCGAACGCAAGGACGACAUCUAUCCCUCGGGUUGGGGUACAACUACCUACAAGUUGGGCAAGAGUGACACGAUUGCCGAAUUAGUGACUGGCUUCGAAGAUAGCACUUCGCCCUCGGCCAAAAGGAUUUAUUUGCGCACUCAAACCAACUUUGGCCAAGCCAUGCCUUGUCUCCAACAAUUGACGUGCUCCGUCUGCUCUUCUGAAUCUGAUUGCGAGCUCAAAAUCAAACAAUUGGACGUGUUUUCCACUCACGAUCUCACCAAGUUUGGCUCUCAUAUUGAGUAUCAAUGUCAAAAGGGUCAAAAGUUUGCCACGUCGAGUGGUUUGCAAGAUACGCAAAGUAUGAAAUGCACAUGGGAUCGAGUUUGGACCCCAUCAAAGGAUCUGCGAGCAUGUGUUGUGGUGGGUUGCGUUGACCUCAUCCUGCCAAAUCCGAACCACAAUUACAUUCAUCCGACCUUAGAAUCGAACCAAAUCUGGAGUCUAGGGUCAAAUGUGACAAUUUCUUGUCCGUAUGGGCAUGAGUUCACUCACAAUCCAACGGUUUCCCAUCUCAACAUCACUUGCAGUUCAAGUGGAUCAUGGAUUUACCCUGCCACGUGGCCUUAUUGUGUGCUCAAAGGUCAUUCUUAUGGUUUGUGCCACCCACCACCCACUGCACUAAAUGGCAUUAAGUUGGAUUGGAAUGAAAGCAAUACCCUUCUGUAUCCUGGAACAACCGUCAUCUACACUUGUCCACCUGGUUUCUUAAUAAAAAAUGCCUUCAAUGAAUACUCAAAGAGCCACACUGAAACUUGUGGCUGGGAUCUCAAAUGGUCCCCGUCAAUUGAAUUAGACGGAUGUGUUCGUUUCGGGUGCGCACCCGCACCGGAAGUGAGAUGGUCCGCUUUACUGCAUCCUUUUGGCGAACUGUCCACCUUUGAAGUGGCCACAUAUGAUUGCAUACCAAAUUAUCAUAAUGUGGCUAAUAAAAAUACCAGACGAUUCACCCUUGAAUGCCUACCAGAUGGAUCUUACAAUCUUAGCACGGUUACGCCUAUAUGCGUUUCAUAUCAAUUUUGUGUUAAGCCUUUGGCUUCUGCUCCGAUUGGAGGGUAUCGUCACUGGAACGGCAACAAGCAUUAUCUGGCAGAAGCCAGCUACACUUGCGGCCCCUAUCGACGUUUUUACGAUCCCAGCGUGACCAAUCUUCCCGAGAAGCUCACUUCAGUGUGCCAAUGGGACGGUAAAUGGACUAUCAACUUUGUACAAGAAUGCAUAGUGACUCAUUGCAAGAACCUCCCAGAACCGCCAACGACUUCAAAUUUGUCUUUUGUUCCUUUAAGGUCUUAUGAGAACCUUGAAAUCAAUCCAGAUUUGAUACGACGGUUCCCAAAGUUGCCCCUUGAAUUUACCGCAUUGGAUGAGUUUGGCUCCAUGCGUGAUCUAUUCUUGGAUGGAACUCUGGGCGAUUCGCUCAAGAUCCUUCUGACAGAUUCACAUCAUCAACCGGUGUUCAUGCUUGUUUUCCGCCCGAAUUUUGGAACAUGUUCAAUGGAAUCUGUCCUUCAACCCAGCCCCGAGGACUUUGCGUGUGACAUUGCCAGUGGAGACGUAUUUUCGCUCACAUUGGGCUUCUCGGUGCUUAAACGAUUCCAUGUCUUUGAAAUUUUGAUCAAUGGCAAGUAUAUCACGGAGAUGCAAGUGCCAAAAACUACUAGCAUGAUGCAAAUCAAAAAGAUUGCCGUCAUCGGAAAUUCCUCACUCACGUUUGCUGGACUCCGCAAGAAAGGCCACGAUCCCAUGAUUCCUAUUGGUACCCAAAUCCUAUACAAUUGUGCACCAUAUAUGACUAUCAAUGGUACCCUCAAUACCAGUCUUCAAUUGAGUUGCAACAGUAAUGGUUGGAUCCAAGAACCGACGGAGUGGCCUACAUGCGUGUAUAGUACUUCUUUGCUUAACACACCCUAUGAAUCGUCAUCGUCGACUACCAGUUCGAACACGAUCCCAUCAACGACAGGCUCUUACUUGGUGCCAAGUACCAUCUCAAGUUCUACCGAAAACAAAGGUAAAAGGUCUGACCGCUUUCCUCUCCUCACCCCACCCAAAUCAACAACUCAAAGAAUCCAGAUAUCUUGGAAUCCUUAUCAAGCUUCCAAUGUUUCGUACAAACUGAACAAGAUUCGUUCGCAUCUUGAACUUAACUUGAUUUCCUGCCCUGAAUUUACGUUGUUCACGAUCUGGAGAAACCAGGUCGAGAUUCGUAUACACUUAUGGACUCAGCAGCUCAGGAGCCAUACCAACGUACGAAAGUCGGCCAUUGUUGAAAGGCCCAGAUGGAGUGGAUAGAGAGGCGGAUGAGUCGGCAACACGAGAGAAAAUGACCUGAUCCGACAGCCAGAACCAUGCAUGAACGGCGACCAACCACCUCACUUGCCCACUAACCAACCAAGCAACCAGUCAACCGACGACUAUGCUCGAGAGGCCACAAUAGCACCACAUAACCUGUAUGUAUGUAUGUAUGUAUGUAUGUAUGU